UUCACCAAGAUCACUGCAGACGGAGAAACUUCAGGGAGCGAUUUCCUAACAACUCUCAGUCGGCCAACAGGAACCAGAGGUGUUAUGGAUCAGGAAAGCCACCUGUCCUCAGAGGAAGAAGCUGGAGAACCUUCAGUCGUCAUCGGUCUGGUUCUGCUACGGCUCCAGCAUGCAGUCGUCCUGUGGUUCUCCAGGGCAAGACGCAGACUCCUGCAGGGGUUCACUGUGUUCUCCACGGUGCUUCUGCUCCUCUGGAUCGCAACUUUUCUAUACGGGACCUUCUACUAUUCCUACAUGCCCAAAGCGGCUUUUUCUGCACCGGUAUACUACUACUACAGGACAAGCUGUGAAUCGCCAUCAUCUUUCUGGUGCUCUUAUCCUGUGGCCAAUGUCUCUUUGAUGAGAAAUGGGAAACAUGCGCUGACAUUUGGCCAGGUGUAUCGGAUGUAUUUGCAGCUGGAGAUGCCCGACUCACCAACCAAUCAUGAGGUGGGGAUGUUCAUGAUCAAAACGACAUGUUUCUCUCAGGAUGGAGGCCAAGUGGCUUCCUCUGCUCGCACUGCAAGCCAGCUGCAGAAGGCCUCCAGCUCUCGCUUUGGAAUGCUGCGGUACCGAUCUGACCUGCUGAACACUCUGGGAACGCUCCUCUUACUCCCUGCCUUUCUGAGCGGAGCAGCCGAGCAGAAGCAGGUUGUACAGGUGGAGCUCUUCUCGGAGUUCACAGACGACCCAUACGCUCCAUCGGUCAUGGCUGCCAUUGAGAUCCUGUCUAGCAAAGUCCAGAUCUACUCAUCUCAUCUGUUUGUGCACGCCCAUUUCACUGGCUUGAGAUAUUUGCUGUUCUACUACCCCAUCCUGUCAGCCCUUAUAGGUGUUGCAACUAACUUUGCCUUCCUCAGCUUCCUCUUCAUCCUGAGCUACAUGAGGCAGCUGUUGAGGCUGCCUCAGAAACCAGAGCAGAUCACUACAGAUGAACUCCAGCCACAGGAUGAAAACGAUCUCAGUGCAGAUGCUGCGGAGCGGCUGGGUCCUCUGCAAACUGAACCCACAGACAUGAGUGGGGAAGAGCGCCACCUGGAGCGUUCCAACACAGACAUGCAGAACGGACAAACACUUAAUCAGGGUGAUAUGAGCCAAUCUGAGGCAUCCUGAAGUGUUUAUUAAAAGAAAACUAGUCUGGAGAUUUAAGUAAAGGUAUCAGAAUUAAACACUAAACUUUAAUUUGAAAUGUUUUUUGGAAGACUCCGUUUCAUGUACUCUGAAUCCUGUGUACAGAUUGCCUUGUAACUUCAGAACACUUUUCAUGUUCUGAAGUUACUCUCUGUAAUUAACUCAUUUUUACCAAUUGUGUUUUGUGAAAUGAAUUUGGAAAUGAGAAAAAAAAUCAAAAUAUUUAAAAAAAUAUUUAGAAAACGGUACCUAAACAUUUUAAUGUUUAAAAUUAUUUUCAUAUUCAACAUUUUAGAGUUCCCUGCCAAUGUUUCAGCUCAAAUAGGAAACCUGGAGACAAAGUAUGGAUGGUUGAGCCGAUGGAUGGAUGAAUUGAUGGUUGGAGGAACAAAUUAAAAUGGAUGGAUAGAUGGAUGUAUGGUUGACUUGAUUUUCCUGAAUGAAGGAACAAAUUAAAAUAGAUGGGUGGAUAUAUGUUUUGGCAAAACUAGACUGCAUGAAAUUGAGAAAGGAACUAUAUUACAGUUUAAAAAUAUGAAUAUUUUUAAUUCUCUGUUAUCCCAAACCUAUCCAGGUCGCACUAACUUUAAAUCCCUUACCAGUGCAGGAACCCUGAAUUAUAACAAACUUAAAGUGUUGCCUCAGUUUCCAUGUUUUUGUUGCGUAUCACAAUAAAAAAGGUUUUA